CUCUUCCUUUUCCUGACACAACUUUCUUGCAGUUCGCAUACCUCGCCGACACUACAGGCUUGAGCACGCGAUCAGCGCUUUCUUUAUUGUGUCUCUUUCUUUUCUCUCUCUUGUGAUACCCCCAAUUUCCUUCUUUAUUCACCGUACGGCAACAACCUCCAAUCCUCCGCACACACAACUCGCCGCCAUGGAGACGCGGUCGAGAAGCGGCCUGGCCAUGGGCCUGGGCUUGGUCUUCUGGAUGUUUCUUCUCUUCUCUCCCUUAGCCUGGGUCGGACAGGCGAAGGCUGAUGAUACCGAGAACUACGGUACCGUCAUUGGUAUUGAUCUGGGUACAACGUACAGCUGUGUUGGUGUGAUGCUGAAGGGCAAGGUCGAGAUUCUGGUCAACGAUCAAGGAAACCGAAUUACUCCAUCAUACGUCGCUUUCACCGAGGAAGAGCGGUUGGUCGGUGACGCCGCGAAGAACCAGGCUGCGGCAAACCCUUCCAACACAAUCUUCGAUAUCAAGCGUUUGAUCGGCCAAAAGUACUCCGAUGACGCUGUCCAGCGCGAUCUCAAGCACUUCCCCUUCAAGGUCAUUUCUAAGGAUGACAAGCCCUUCGUUCAGGUCAAGGUCAGCGGCGAGGAGAAGAAGUUCAGCCCUGAGGAGAUCUCGGCCAUGAUCCUGGGCAAGAUGAAGGAGGUCGCCGAGACUUACCUUGGAAAGAAGAUUACCCACGCCGUCGUCACUGUCCCUGCCUACUUCAACGACAACCAGCGUCAGGCUACCAAGGAUGCUGGCAUUAUCGCCGGUCUCAACGUCCUCCGCAUCGUCAACGAACCCACGGCCGCCGCUAUCGCGUACGGUCUGGACAAGACCGACGAUGGUGAACGUCAGAUCAUCGUCUACGAUCUCGGUGGUGGUACUUUUGAUGUCUCUCUCCUGUCGAUCGACCAGGGUGUCUUCGAGGUUCUGGCUACUGCCGGUGAUACCCACCUUGGUGGUGAGGAUUUCGACCAGCGUGUCAUCAACCACUUCGCCAAGAGCUACAACAAGAAGAACAGCGUCGAUAUCACCAAGGACCAGAAGGCCAUGGGCAAGCUCAAGCGCGAGGCCGAAAAGGCCAAGCGUACUCUGUCCUCCCAGAUGUCCACCCGUAUCGAGAUCGAGGCUUUCUUCGAUGGCAAGGACUUCUCCGAGACCCUGACCCGGGCCAAGUUCGAGGAGCUCAACAUGGACCUGUUCAAGAAGACACUCAAGCCUGUCGAGCAGGUUCUCAAGGACGCCAAGGUCAAGAAGGACGAGAUCGACGACAUUGUCCUCGUCGGUGGUUCCACCCGCAUUCCCAAGGUCCAGAGCCUCAUUGAGGAGUACUUCUCUGGCAAGAAGGCCAGCAAGGGUAUCAACCCCGAUGAGGCUGUCGCUUUUGGCGCCGCUGUUCAGGCUGGUGUUCUUUCCGGUGAGGAGGGUACCGAUGAAAUUGUCCUCAUGGACGUGAACCCUCUGACCCUGGGUAUCGAGACCACCGGAGGCGUCAUGACCAAGCUGAUUCCCCGUAACACCCCUAUCCCAACUCGCAAGAGCCAGAUCUUCUCCACGGCCGCCGACAACCAGCCCGUCGUCCUCAUCCAGGUGUACGAGGGCGAGCGCUCCAUGACAAAGGACAACAACAUCCUGGGCAAGUUCGAGCUGACUGGCAUCCCCCCGGCGCCCCGUGGCGUUCCCCAGAUUGAGGUCUCCUUCGAGCUGGAUGCCAACGGUAUCCUGAAGGUGUCGGCUGUCGACAAGGGAACUGGCAAGGGCGAGUCCAUCACCAUCACCAACGACAAGGGCCGUCUCACCCAGGAGGAGAUCGAGCGUAUGGUUGCCGAGGCUGAGAAGUACGCCGAGGAGGACAAGGCCACUCGUGAGCGCAUUGAGGCUCGCAACGGUCUUGAGAACUACGCCUUCAACCUGAAGAACCAGGUCAACGACGAGGAUGGCCUCGGUGGCAAGAUCGAGGAGGAUGACAAGGAGACUAUCCUGGAUGCAGUCAAGGAGACCACUGAGUGGCUUGAGGAGAACGCCGCCACCGCCACCGCGGAGGACUUCGAGGAGCAGAAGGAGAAGCUGUCCGAGGUCGCCUACCCGAUCACCAGCAAGCUUUACAGCGGUGGUGCUCCCGGUGGUGACGACGACGAGCCUCUGGACCACGAUGAGCUCUAGAUGAUGUCUCCAGGAUACAGGAGCAGGGGGGUGAUGAAGGAGACACGGUAGAAAAAGUUUCCAACUAAAUCAUGAUUAUCUCUUCCUGCAUUUCUUUGUGUUUGCCUGCGGUGUUUAUGGUUCGGUGGUCUGGGACAGGCAAGUGUGCAUUACUUUGGGGGAGACGGUAGUAGACAGUCACCACCUGUAUUGUAAAGUACUGGAGUUUUUACAAUCACCUUCAAAGGCCUAGAUUGAUAUG